AUGUCAUCGAUUAGCAACACUCCAAGAGAGGAAAAGACUUCUAUCGGUCAUGGUAGCGCCGCGGAUGAUUCUUUCAUUUUUAAUGAAACGAAGAGCUCUAAACAAGCUCCCUUCGAGGCUAAUAUCGAGGACAUUUCUAAGGGAAAGAAGGAGCAUAUUUCGAAAAUGCCCCAAAUGGAGUAUCCAUAUUUUCAGAUGGACUCAAAUAUGCCAUUCAUGCAACCACUUAUGAUGCCUAUUCCAGGAUAUCAGAUGUAUUGUAAUCCUCAUCCGGAUAUGCCAUCAUAUGGCGCCCCGUUUGCUUUUGGAAAUCAAUUUCUGCAAGUUGAUCCAAGGUGGGCACAAUACCAAUAUGGUUUCCAGAUUCCAGGCAAACAAGUGCCAGUGGGAGCUAAAGAGAGUCCUUCAAAUCAAACAUCAGAUACCGAGUUGGCACCUGAUGCAGGGUCUGAAACAAGUUUUCAUUCCACCUCCAUCCCGCCGUCAAAUGCGGGAACCGCUACAGAAACCUCAUUUGCAAAUCAUAGCAGUUACAGUGCAAAUGCGGUAAAUCUUACCAUGGUCACAACCACUGAUGAGUUUGACACAUGGUUGAAAAAAUUUUGUCGCUUCCUGAAAGAACGAAAUUUAGGUCAUGCUAUCCCAGACAAAAGUGGUUAUACCACUGAGGUAUUGGACCAUGAAAGAGCGUACAUAGAACAAACUUUCAAUUAUUUUGUACCUGCUAAACAUUAUGCCAAGUGGUUCAAAGACUUGUUAUAUGUCCACCACUUGGAACUAUCCGACGCGAUUAUGAGUGCCCUCAGUAAGGCAGAGAAGAGUGCAUCGGGACAAGAUAUUCAUGAUGAAUUGAUGAAUAUCUCUUAUGAUGGAAAAAUGGACGUUUUUGUUUUCAAAAGAAAACUUCAAAGCUUGGUGAAAAAGGCUGCUGAAUAUGAUAUUAUUAUCCCAGAGUGGAUUAUCACCAAACGAAUCGUUGACAACUUGAAAAAUCAGUUCAAAAAUGUAAAUGAUUUCUAUCAUUCUCGCAUGGGGAAAGUUUCACUGGAUGAUGUUUUAGUUAGGAUUAAUUACCUAGCUACAGAGGUCAUCAACAAACCUACUCCAACCACUUCAUCACAAAGCGUGAACUGUGGGUAUUGUGACAAGGCAGGACAUACUACCAAAAGGUGUCCUGACAUCAAAGCUUUGAAAGAAUUCUCUGAAACAUCGAGUAAGGCUUCUAGUAAAACGGCCGGUAAGUCAACUAGUAAGACCUCUACCACAUCGAAAAAGAGGGUUCACCAUAUUCAAACGAAGACUCCUGAUGAUGCACAGUGUCUCCGGCAUAAUUCAGAGCUAGAGCCAUCUCUAGAUGAUUAUGUAAUUCUCGAUUCCGGGGAAGAAGUGUCAGUCGUAAAGGAUCCAAAAUAUAUAUUUUGUAAAAACAUGAAUCCGAUUGACAAAUUAUUCGGCGCUGGGAACGAGGAACUACCUGUUGAAGCUUCCGGUACUAUGGCCUUCAAGUGGCUUAACAAGCAAUCACAUUCUAUUCGAGUGCUUGCCUCUAAAGCCGCAACUUACAACCUGGUCAGCUGGAAUGCUUUAAUAAAAGCGGGUGUGAUCAUUGACACCAGGAGAAGCCGUCUCAUCAACAAAUCAGAUGAGGUCUUAGCUCCAUUAGAAAUGAUUGGCCCGUAUAUGUGCAUUCAUAUAAAUCACCUGCUGCUUCCUCUUGGCAGCACGCAGAAGAAGAGUAAAGGCAAAAUUUCUACAAGCAGAGUUCACAAUGUAAGUGAAAAAAUUCCUGUAGAAUUUUUACAUCGUUUUUUUGGGCACGUAAAUGUCAAGGACAUUCGCAAGUCGGUUGAAAAAGGCAUGAUUCAGAAUAUCACUGCCGAUAAGAUUGAUUGGAGAGGCAUUGAUAAAUUCCAAUGCAAGGAAUGUCUCGCUGGUAAGAUGCGUCGCCACAAACACACCGUUGGAUCAAGGUUGAAAUAUCAACAAUUUUUUGAGCCAUUUCAGUACAUUCAUACUGAUUUGUUUGGUCCAAUGUCCGAUGUAUCAGCCACUACUCCCACUUAUUUUAUUAGUUUCGUAGAUGAGAAUACCCGUUUUCGGUGGGUAUAUCCGCUACGAUCUAAAAGUGCGGAACACAUAUUGUUAGUGUUCCGCAAGCUGGUGAAUUUUAUCAGAACACAGUUCUCAACUAAGGUGAAAGCCUUUCAAAUGGACCGUGGAUCUGAAUACAGAAAUGAAUUAUUAGAUGACUUUUUCAUUGAUAAAGGUAUUAAAUCCAUUUACAAUACCGCCGCUGACUCCGCUUCAAAUGGUGUGGCCGAACGUACAAACUUGUUGUUCUUGAACGACUGCCGUACACUACUCAAGGCCACAAAUUUACCCAAUAAUAUGUGGUAUCACGCGGUUGAAUUUGCUACUCUCAUCAGAAAUACGAUGAUAAAUUCAAGUAUCAAUGAUUCACCACGAGCCAAGGCUGGUUUGGAAGGGCUCGAUAUAAAAACUAUUCUUCCAUUUGGUCAAGAAGUUGUUGUUCACAACCAUGACACAGAUAGCAAACUUAAGCCGAGGGGUGACCUCGGAUUUGCUCUGUGUCCAUCUAAGGAAUCUUUCGGAUACCUUAUCUACGUGCCUUCGAAGCACAAGGUGAUCGACACUACAAAUUAUGCCAUCGUCAAGUACUCUGCUGCGCCAGUAAAUAAUCAGGUCGCUACCGUGUUUGACUCCCUACUCAGUGAUUACAAUGAGUUUGUUUCUGAAUCACAUACAUUUGCAGAUGCUGACGAUCAUGAGCUUGACCAUACAAGUCUCGGACGGGAAGACGUAUCCUCAUUGGGUGGUAUCACCGAGGGUUUUGCUUCCGGGGAUGACCAGACAGAUGAGGACUCAACCCCAUCACAGGAUUCCAGCGACGGUGUGGAAAAUAUAUCUGUACAGGAAAUUACGGAUAUCGCUGAAAUUCUGGACAACCAAGCACCGAAUAAACCUUACUCAGAUCAUUUAGGUGAGGGUGAAGCAAAUGAUCUGGUGGAAGAUUUUCCAAACGGACACGAGCCAAGCGAUAUAGAACCGGAGAUUCACGAAGUAGGUGAACCAACAGAUUCCGGUGAAGGUUUUUCAGAUAACAAAAAAACUACUCAAAUUGUUCCGGACAAUAUUAUCGAUGAUUUAGUUGAUAUUCCUGUUAAAUCCAAUUUAGGUGGUACGAAUAAGAUUGAAAUAUUAGCUGAAGAUAAACCAUUAUCUUCUUUGGCUAUUCAUUCUAAUAAGAGGAGGAUUAAGAGAAAAAUUGAAUUUAGCCAUGAUGAAGAGCAUCGUCCCACUACGAGACGUGGAGUACAUUUAGUACAUGCUAUUAAGGCGGCUAGAUACAAAAGACCUCCCACAAAUAAACCUUCACUAAAUUUUUGGGAAGCUAUUUCAGAUAAUGAAAAUGAAGAUGACAGAAAGUUGUACCUUAACGCCUAUGGAAAGGAGAUUGGACAAAUAUUGGUCAGAUUUGCCCUGUAUCCACGUAAUAAAUCGUUUAGAUACCCGAAGUAUGUAUCUCCUGACCUUUAG